GUGCGCAUUAAGGGCAUUUGGCGCAUCAUUUGAAUCUGCGAAUUGAGUUACGGACGGAGUAAUUGCGGGGCACCUCCAGGCUUCCAAUCCUCGCAACAUACCCAUCUCCAGCACUUCAGCUUUUCAACUUACCAGCAAUCCACAUCCAAUCUAUCCAAUCUCCGAGGUCUUAUGACGUGCGCUUCCGAAAGCUAGUCACAUCUAUUAUUCACUGAUUGUGAUGGAGCCCGAUGAUAAGCAGCGCUACCCACUCUGGCAGCCUCUCAAUGCGCAACUCCAGGAUAUUCGACUGAUCCGCAUCAUCCCACGCGAUGAUGAUGCAAUCGUCGAAUGUCAGCUUGACUCGUACUCCCUGUGUGAGUUAUCUGCCCACUACGCUAGGUUUAAUAUCGAGCACUCGGGUGAUGAUCUCGAGGGUCCAGAGAGAGUCAGCAUACUGCGUAACGUCAACGUGAGAGACAAAUGGGUCAAGAGACACAAUACUCCCCAAUUGGAAGCUAUUUGGCGGAUUAAUAGUCAUCAGCCUGGCCGUCAUCUUCACAGAUUCGCAUGGGGCGAUUUCGCGUGCCUCAGUUACGUAUGGGGCAACCGUGGUAACAGCCGGAUGAUAAUCGUGAAUGGCAACGCUGUGGAUGUCACAGAGAAUCUUGACGCCGCGUUACGCCAAUAUCGUAGAGAUGGCCUGUUCUGUGGGAAGUUUCUCCUCUGGGUAGAUGCAUUGUGCAUCAAUCAGCUGGACCGAGAAGAACAAGCCAACGAAGUGCAGCGUAUGAGCGACAUCUAUAGAUCUGCAUGGACCGUGGAAGCCUGGCUUGGUAUAGCUAGAUUCAACAGUCAGGCUGGGCUUCAACUCUUGCGCGAUAUAGCGGAAUUCAGGAAAGCUGGACGCGAGCAAGAACUUGAGCGUAGUCUUCGAGUCGACCCAAACUUCCUCGGUAGCACAGGAUGGCUCGGUCUCCACGAUAUUAUGGAUCGAUCCUAUUGGUAUCGACUAUGGAUAGUCCAAGAGAUAGUCAUGGGCGGCGCUUCAGUCUGGGUCUGGUGUGGAGGUUCGUCUAUUCCUUGGCCCACAUUCUGCGAGGGGGUUGUGACACUCCAAGAGCACCUGUGGCUUGUUAAGGACCGGUGUUUAGUAAACGAUGUUCAUGGUAGAGGAUAUCCCGCUUGGAAAACAAGCAGCCUGCAUCUUGUAUACCAAGACCUUGCCACGCUCGGUAGCAUGCCACUCAGCAGACGUUCUCAGCAUGCCUUUGGGCGACUAUUGGAUCUCUCAAACGCUGGCAAAUGCAAGGACGAGAGAGACAAAGUGUACGCGCUUCUGGGGCUAUUUCCUCCCACGGUUGCUGCAAGAUUGCGACCAGACUACAGCGCGACACAUGCAGAGGUUUUCGCCGCAACAGCGAGGGCUUUCAUGGAAGACGGUCAAAGUCUCGAUCCUUUGCGCGAAGGCAACCCAUGGGGUCCGUCAGGAUGCCCCUCGUGGGCUGCAGACUGGUUCUGGGAGGGCAGGAUCCGGUAUUGCAGAGUAGAGCACCGACUCUGGGGACCGACUUAUCUGUUUCCACCAUCCGACAACGAUGAGCCACUGAUUCCAUACCAAGCCAGUGGUCCCUUAAAGUCAGAGUUCGCCUUCAGUACAAAUGACCGUGUACUGGAAUGCAAUGGGUUCAUUGUAGACGAGAUCACAGGUCUUUCGGCAGCAGCCGCAGGGUAUUUUCAAUGGGAUCCGGACACUACUUCGAUCACAAGUUCUUGGCACAGUGUUUAUGGCGACUUUGCUCAAACAAGGGAAGCUCUAGUCCGUACCUUACUAAUGGACCGAGUGCGCUUUGGAAAGAAGCCGGGCCAAAGACAUCUAGCAGUUCUCCACUUGCCUGCCAACUUCGCUCGAGCAGGACGCCAAUUCUGGCAGAAGCAUUGGACAUGGCUUGCUAGCCAAGAAGGAUACUGGUUUCGGUGGGAAGGGUUUCGGAAAUCCAUUGCUGAGUUCCCACUUGGCGAAUGGGCUUUUGGCGAUUUCUUCGACGAUGAGAUACCUGAAGGCGCGAACGAGUAUGAUUAUACAGAGGCUUACGCAUGCGUUGAGCGCAGUGUCAAGAAGAGACGAUUCAUGUUGACAUUAAAUGGAUAUAUGGGUUGGGCGCCGGACAAUAUGUUCGCGGACGAGCCAAUGCAUCACACACGGCCCGGUGAUCUGAUUGCUAUUGUUUUUGGCUGCAGCACGCCGCUGGUGAUACGUCCCAUUGGGGAGGAAUUCCAAGUGAUAGGUGAAGCCUACGUUCAGGGCUUAAUGGAUGGGGAGGCGACGCAGCAACAACUCGAGAUUCUGCGUUUCACGUUUCGUUAGCUUUUUCAACGGCGAUAAUAUAGACUAUCUCGAGGAUGUACGACUAAGUUGUUGCGUCUUGGAUUGGUGCUCACUGCUAUCAAGGCUGGGGAUGCUAUUGUCGAAUUCAAAAAGAAAACCAGGAAUGCCAACAGCGCAAUCGAC